UCUCCACACGCAUCUCCCUGCUUCUUCUCUCUCUCUCUAAGCAAAGAAAACAAAAAAGGCAAAAGGCCAUGGCAGGCGAGAACGAGCCAGCGAAGCUGCUCUUGCCGUACCUUCAACGAGCCGAUGAGCUUCAAAAGCAUGAGCCUCUCGUCUCUUAUUACUGUCGGUUAUAUGCAAUGGACAGAGGAUUGAAGAUACCCAACAGCGAGAGAACCAAAACCACCAAUGCCCUUCUUGUUUCUCUCAUGAAUCAGCUUGAAAAGGAUAAAAAGUCGUUGAAGUUGGGGCCUGAAGAUAAUUUGCAUCUAGAGGGAUUUGCCUUGAAUGUCUUUGCCAAGGCAGACAAACAAGAUCGUUCUGGACGAGCAGACUUGAAUACAGCAAAGACAUUUUAUGCUGCUAGCAUUUUCUUUGAGAUUAUAAACCAGUUUGGUCCUCUUCAGCCUGAUCUUGAGCAAAAACAGAAGUAUGCAGCCUGGAAAGCUGCUGAUAUUAGGAAAGCUCUGAAAGAAGGAAGGAAGCCCACUCCUGGCCCUCCUAAUGGUGAUGAAGAUUUGUCAAUUCCAUCAAGUACACCUAGUGGUGCAUAUGAUCUUGGACCUAGCGAACCUGCUGUUACCAGUCCUAGACGGGAUUCUGAUCCAUCACCUCAAUUCCAUGAUGAAGUAAAUAACCAGCAUUACACUAACAUUCCACCAUCACCUCAUUUCCAUGAUAAGAUUGACAGGCAGCAUUCUUCGAAUAUUUCACCAACACCACCACCUUCAUAUCCUUCUGCUAGUUACCCAUCGCAUGAUCAAUCCUAUCCACAAGAACCUCAAGAGCACUUUCAUCCACCACCUUCCACAAGCAGAUCAGAAAAUCCUACAUAUCCUCAUUCAUACCACCAGCAAUCCUAUCCACAAGAACCACAACAGCAUUUGCCACAUGGUUACCCAUCCCAUGAAGCUUCCUCUUAUUCAUAUCCUAAUUUUCAGUCUUACCCAAGUUUCUCAGAGAGUAGUUUACCCUCUGCCUCGUCUCAUUAUGCUUCUUACUAUCAAGGUUCUGAGACUCCUUACACUCCCCAGUCAGCUCCUCCAACAACAAGCUAUCCAUCAACAGCCCAAUACUCUUCAAGUAGCAGAAAUGGGACAGUCUCAGAUCCUGCACAAACUACUUCUCAAAAAUACCAAUAUGACAGCAAUUACCAGCCACCACCAGAGAAAAUUGCUGAAGCACACAAGGCUGCAAGGUUUGCUGUUGGAGCCUUGGCAUUUGAUGAUGUGACAGUUGCAGUAGAGCACUUAAAGAAAUCACUUGAAUUGCUGACCAAUCCAUCAGCCAGUCAUUAAGUUUGUUAUCCUUAAGUGAACAGAUCCAAGUGGUUUUUCUUUGAAUCAUAUGGCUUGAUUUGUAAAGGUUUAUAUUCAGAGUUUGGAGAAACUGAUACUUGCCAUGUAAUUCUCAGCAUCUCCUUCCAUUUUCAUUUGAGAAUCAAAUCAUGUUGCAUGUGGUUUUCUAUUGUA